GCAUGUUUGAAUGGAAUGUGAUGUAAAGUUUUGCAUCUCCAUCAUCUCCAACUCUUGUCUUCCUCGGCCGUUCGAAACAGAUAGGCCUGUCUGGAGGGCGUGCACGGCGCACCCUUCCCUGUGCGUGUGCCAACCCUGUCCCUUCACUAUGGCACUCUCCACUUCUUUGACUCCAUUCACGUUUCUCCUUUCAUCUUCAUUUUUAUCGCAUAUUCUCCUCGUCGUAACUGCUUCAGACAAAGAAUUGCUCCUCGGAUUCAAAGACUCCAUUGAAAACAAACAUGCCUUGUCUUCCUGGAAUGAAUCCGUCCCUCCAUGUUCUCCCAAACAACCUAACUGGCCUUACGUUCAGUGUUAUAAGGGGCACGUCUGGGGUUUGACGCUCGAGAACAUGAGACUCAAAGGGGUCGUUGACGUUCAAACCCUCGAGAAGCUACCCUAUCUCCGAACCUUAAGCCUCAAGAACAAUGAUUUUAACACUGAAUGGCCUUACAUCAACGGCAUUCUGGGUUUGAAGGCCCUUUUUCUUUCCAAUAACAAGUUUUUUGGGGAGGUUCCUUCUCAGGCUUUUCAGGACAUGAAAUGGUUAAAGAAAAUCCAUUUGUCCAACAACCGCUUCACGGGUCAUAUUCCAACUUCCCUCGCAUCCAUGCCCAGGCUUAUCGAGUUGAGGCUCGAAGGAAACCAAUUCACCGGCUCCAUACCCAAUUUUCAACGUCCAUUGAAAUCUUUUUCUGCAGCUGAUAAUAAAUUAGAGGGACAAAUACCAGAGGGCCUCCGUGACCUGCCAAUUUCAGCUUUCUCUGGUAAUGAAGGGCUAUGUGGAGCACCGUUAGAAGCAUGCCCGUCCAAAAAGCUAUCACUUCUGAGUAUCAUUGUGACUGUUGUUCUUGUUGUUGUAGCACUGGUUGUUAUUGGAGCAGUAGUGUUGUUAGUCCUUCGCCGGAGAAGAAAGCGGGUGCCAGAUGUGUCUGAGGAAGAUUCACCAUCAAUGUCCCACAAGAAAGCAAGAAGUAGGGAACCAUCAGAGGAAGGAAGUCACAGGUCCCGCUCCUCGAGCCGCAUCAGCAAAGGAGACACCAUGAUGUUAUCGUUUGUGAGGGAUCACAAAGACCAGUUUGAUUUGCAUGAACUACUGGGAGCCUCAGCUGAGGUACUGGGCAGUGGUUGUUACAGCUCUUCCUACAAGGCUUCUUUGUUAAGUGGACCAGUUAUGGUGGUCAAGAGAUUCAAGCAAAUGAACAAUGUCGGAAGGGAAGAGUUUCAGGAGCACAUGCGACGGUUUGGUCGCUUAAAUCAUCCUAAUCUGCUUCCUCUCAUUGCCUACUACUACAGAAAGGAGGAGAAACUCUUCGUUACUGACUUUGUUCACAAUGGCAGCUUGGCUGUUCGCCUCCAUGGAUACCAAGCUCUAGGGCAGCGAAGCCUGGAGUGGGGAAGUAGGUUGAAGAUAGUGAAAGGCAUAGCAGAAGGACUUCAAUAUCUUUACAGGGAGAUGCCAAGCUUAAUAGCGGCGCAUGGACAUCUCAAAUCCUCGAACGUUCUUCUGAAUGAAUCUUUGGAACCCCUUCUGACGGACUAUGGGUUGGUACCAGUGAUAAACCAAGAUCUUGCUCCUGACAUAAUGGUGAUCUAUAAGUCCCCAGAGUAUUUGCAGCAUGGUCGCAUUACAAAGAAGACUGAUGUGUGGAGUCUUGGGAUAAUUAUUUUGGAGAUUCUAACGGGAAAUCUUCCUGUUAACUUUCUACAAGGUAAAGGAAGUGAUUUGAGUUUGGCAAACUGGGUCCAUUCGGUCUCGGAAGAGUGUAGCAGUGAGGUGUUUGAUAAGGAUAUGGAGGUAAGCACAAACAGUGAGGGAGAGAUGAUAAAGCUUUUGAAGAUUGCAUUGGCUUGUUGUGAAAGGGACGUUGAUAAGAGAUGGGACUUAAAAGAAGUUGUAGAUAGAAUUCAUCAAGUAAACGAAACUGAUAACGAGGAUCACAAUUCCCGUUCUUCUUCUAAUGCUAGUGAAGUUGAAAUCAGGCAGACUCAGUCAGGUGAAGUUAGUUUCUCCAUAGAUAUGGCUUAAUGAGGUUGCCAAGGCAUCAUGAAUGAAGGAAUGAAAUACGAGUAUAUAUGCAUCCACGCAAGAUGAGAUAGAUUUUGAAGUUGAUUCAACUCAUUUCUUUAGUACUUAGUUUCUAUAUCCCAGUUUCAUUUAUUCCAACUUAUACCAAGGCUAUCUGAAGCUUCGUAUUCUUUUCUAGAAGAGAGCAUGUACAGUAAUUUAGGAAGGAAAAUAGAAUAGACUCAUUCUUGUGCACAAGAAAUGUAUUGUCAUGGGUUCAAUAUAAAUGUUAUAAUAUACUCAAAUGCAUGAUU